CUUCUCUGUUUCUCCUUUUCCUAUUUUCAAAUAUUUAAAAUACGAAAAAUUCGGUCGUGAAAUUAUUAUCAACCCUUACUGUGCAAACUUUACCAGUUUAAAAACACGUUGACGAAUUAAACAAAACAAAAGAAAAAACAAAAACAAAAGGAAAGAAGGAAAGAAGAAAAAUAAAAAAAGGGGGUCUAAGGAAGACAGAAAAAAAAAAAAAAGAGAAAGAGGAGUAUCAUCUUUUCAUGGUUUUGCCGGCGCAUCUUUGGUGAUUCGACGGACCUUGGGAUAGAGGCGGCAGAAGCCCGUGUGCCUACGAAAGAGAAAUAAGGAAGAGUAAGGUAGUGAUGAUGCCAACAACAACACCACCACCAUCACCGAAUCGUCGGUGUCGUUAGCACACCGGGCCUUAAAAAAUGGCCUCGAUACUGGGAGACGGAACGGGCCCUGGGGGUCCCUCAGGCCCCUCGAGAUGCCUACUACUUUUACAAAGGUCUUUGGCUAUACAACUGACCAGAGGUCCGCCUCCUCAAGUUCUCAAUGCCGGACAACGUGAAAGUACGAAGGAACAUCCAGCCGACGAGAUGUGGAUGUACGAUAAAGGUUAUAAUUUGUUUCAGAGUUUCUUGGAAGCAAAUUCGAAAUGUUGGUGGAACGCGGCCCUCGUCGAUGCAACUAGACAGCUCAGGUAUAAAGGUCACGUGUCACCAGGUGUAUUAAUGGUCGGUGGACCACCUUGUGCCCUAGAAGUAUUAAGGGCAGCCUGGGCUCGUAAUGUUCUUAGACCACCGGCUGAUCAUGCAAUCACCUGUCUUGGUGACAUAGAGGAUUGCUUGGUAGCACCUGUCUCUCAAGGACAAUUCACACCACUUCCGGAAGCCCUUUGUUGGGCUAUUUUAGAAUUAACGUCACAAAGGCAAGCAGCUACAUUGGAUACCCUUAGAUCAGCACUCAGGAACGCAUUUCCGGCAAUGCAAAGACCUAGCCGUGAACUCGUUUACGAUGCACUAGCUAAAUUGAUGCUAGAACGAAAGAUUUACCAUACGUCUCAGGGAUAUUUUGUGGUAACACCGGAAACUAGAAGAUUAAGGCGUGAUUCAGGAAGUUCUAGAAGAUGUUCGAGAGAGGUUAAUGGUUCUAGAGGACAGGGUGGUAUGCUUAUGAGCAACGACGAAGCUAUGGCACUGGUUCAUGGGGAAAUGUUAACCCUCAGAGACGGUGACGUUACUCAUCAGGCUGUACAAACCAAUCUGGCGGAUGUCAUCUGUGGUGGUAAUCCAAACGACAAAGUUCUGUUUGCCAGGUGUCGAUCGAUGCCAGGUCGUCUCGAAAGGAGACACUCACUCAGACUCUGGGGCUCGGCCAGACGUUUGCACAGAAGCGGAAGUUCACGGUCUUUGCCAAGGAGGCCGGAAAGAAGUGACACUUCGUCUAGUGCCGAAUACGCAAGCACCGAUAGCGCACCUCAUAGUCCAACCAGUUUUUCCGUAAUGUUUUCAGAAAAAAUAGGCUUGCUCUCGCGACUAUUUCGACGUAGUACGAGAAGAAAGGGUGCACCAUUGAUGGGUACGUUCAGCGCACAAUAUCCACCAACCGAAUGGUUUAAUCCACGUGUCGUACAUCUACACAGUGUUGCUACACAAACGAGAGCUGCUAGUCCUUCGAUGAUGGAAGGUUUGGAUCAAUCGCAGACCAGUUUCCAAGUCUGGGACGAUUCGAGUUCUGUGAGAUCAGCAACAUUACCUAGGCGGCACCGACGUCAAGCCAGCGGCGAUUCAUCGAGUUUAUUGGCAAAUUCUACACCGAGAAGUUCUAGAAGACACAGAUCCCCAUGUUCUACCAUGCCAAGAUCAAAAUGUUCGAGCUUGAGUAGAUGUACCUCGAGGGCAUCUGUCCUUCCGCCUAACGCCAAUCAAGAACCCUACCAAACAACUACACGUAAUCAAAUUCAAAAUGGUAAAAAUUCGGCCAAUUCAUCGCCAAGUAGAAGCGGUGGAAGUUCAGGAUCCGUUAGGACUACCAAUAAUGUGGUUAGUCCUGGAAAAACCGCUACUUUAACCAGGUCCUCGAAUACGAGGCAAUCGAGUUCUCGUAGGCCGAGUCACGAUUCGACUGCUAGCGGCACAAAAUCAACCAAUAGUUCACCCCAACAUAAGGUACUGCAAAAGACGUCUUCCGGUCAUUCGUCUCACUCGAGUGGGAAAUCGAUUUCUAGCGGUAAACUUUCGUCUUCCCCGUUGAAGACGAACACGCUGCCAGCUAAAUCGUCACCGUUGAAGGUCGUACAACAGGGAUCGUUAACACCAUUACAAGAAGCACAAAAUUCUAUAACACUUCAAGUAUCGACGAAUUUAAGUCCUGUCAAUAAUGGUUCGUCACAGGAACAACGUGCUAUACAAAAUAGCGUAACUUUGGCAUCGAAUGCUACGAGUACUACGACCAUUUCUGGAUCACCAGGAACUAAGAUUUAUGUACAUCAAAAUAAUUCACCUAUGAGAUCGGUUAUUACUUUUGAAAAUGGUACGGUUAAGACUAAAGUUACUGAAAAGGAUAGCACGGAUUGCAAGGAAAAACAAGAACGCGAACUUAUUGGUGAAAAAGUUUACAAAUCUCGAAUGGAAGAGGACAAAUUGUUUAAGAGUAAACACGUUGACGAGGAUAAACUUAAUAAAUCUAGUAAAAUCGAACGUCCUUCUUCCCUGUAUUCUGGCAAAGAUACAAAACCUGGACUACUCUCGGAAUCCGAUAAAGAAAACAAACCUAAAGUUGAAGAAGAAACACCGAGUAAAUUGAAAUUAACGAAUCGUUUGAACAACAGUCAAGUUCAUUUGAUAGAUGGAUCUAGCGGUAACAUAGACAAAAAUUCAUUAUCCCAUGAACAUACAACUGGUAAUUUAUCCAGUACAAAAAAUACCAACGAUGCAAUGAACAAUUCACGCAAAUUGAGUCUCUCGUUAUCAAAGGAUGCACUGAGUUAUCGAAAUUUACUCCGUCCAGGUUCGAAAAACAACAUUGCAUCUAAUCCACCAUCCCCAACAAAAUCAUUCGAUGGUUUUGGGGGUUCCUUCAACAAUGUUUAUAUCGAAAAUCUCGAGUCAGCUAAACAACAAAGAGCACCACAGGGUUCCGAACCUAAUUUAGAAAAAACCGUCAGUCGUGGUGACCUUUAUUCAUAUCCGAGCUUGAGCGACAUGCAAGUUCAAUUUACCAGUUUGGCAGCACAAAAAAUACUUAAGGGUUGUCCGAUCAAUAGCGUUGAUACUUUGGUCGAGGUUAACAUGGCUGCUGCUGAAAAACCAAACAAUUGUGACGUUACCGUUCAUACGGAUUUUGGCCUAGUUUGAAGGUUAGAAUUAUUAUCCUUCGAAUUGAACGUUAGACUGUGUACGAUCUAACCUAUAAAACUCAUCAUCAUCAUUAUCAUCAUCAUCAUCAUUAUUAUCAUUCAUAUCAUUAUCAUGAUCAUCAUCGACAUAUUUCGAUUAAUUUCAUUGCGAACACAGCGUAACGUUGUAACAUGAACGGGUAUGUAAAUGAAAACGAUCCAGUACCAAGUGAAACCUAACCCCAUUUUUAUCUCGGUUCUAACGUACUGUAAUAUAUCUAAUAGAUAAUAAACGCGUUCGAUACACACAAAUCACGUGAAACGUCACUGCCGUUGUCCGAAUAAAAAAUAAAACAUUUAAAAAAAGUAAAACAUUUAAAAAAAAAUAUGAGAGUAAAAAAAGUAAAACCUUAGAAAUAAAUAAUAUGUGUGACGGUAGUUUAAAUAAGUGAUACUGCGAUAUAUAUAUACGUAUAUAAACAAUAACGUGCCUAACGUUUUGUUCCGAGAGAAAACAUUUUUUUUUUUUAUUUUAUAUAAAAUUAACAAAAAAAUAUUAUAAACAGAUUAUUCCAAAAAAAAAAAAAGAGAAAUACAACAAAAUAUUCAAUAUAAUUCAUUGCAAGGUAUAAAAUGUAUUGCAAAAACCGAUAUAUCUGAACAGGUAUAUUAAAUAUAAACAAUUUUGUUUCCCAAAUAAACAAAACAAAACAAAAUAAAUCAAAUCAAAUAUUUUAGAUAAUAGUAAGCCGCAAUAGUCGCAGUUUUGCGUCGCUUUACUAAGCUUUAAAGCGAUUUGUCAAAGCAAUUUAUUUCAAUUAAAUAUCUUCGCACUUCUAUACUAACAAAUACACACAUACACAUGUAAAAAAAUAAAAAA